UGGCACUUUGCUUUCAUGCAAACAUGUCGCUUACUUCAUUUUCAUGUUGUUCCCGGACUCGCAACUCUAGGCAAGUACAUGAUUUGAUUGUGCCUGUUAAUGUUUUAGAAAACACAUUUACAAAAAUGACCUUAAUAAUUAUAAAAAAGAAAUAUAUUUACAGAUAAAUUUGGAUAAAUGUGAAUUAUUGACCUUUAAUUUGAAUGUUUUAGAAAAAUAAAUUUGUAUAUUAAAAUGGCAGUGUGUGGUAUAUUAAUUCCAACCUGCUUCAAUAUUUAUACAGUGUUUAUGAAAACUAACCAAUGCGAAUUUGUGACUAAAGAGCAAAGUGAUGAUGAAGCGUUCACACCAUCAUAUCAUCAAAUGUUAGUCGCUACUGUCAAAAGGAAUUAUUUUACUAUCAUUGAUAUCCUAUUAUAGUUUUUAUUGAUAUUUGAAUGUGUUUUUCUAGUUUUAGUAAGUUUUAGUUUUAAUUUUAGUUUUGUAGUACAUCAUGUUUAAUGUUAAUAAAGAUUGGAUAACAUUUACUUGGCAACUACCUGAAAUUAAUUAUUUAAGAAAUUAAUUGUAGAUGUAUGAUUUAUAUAUAUAUAUAUAUAUAUUGUAGUGCUGUUCAAACGAUUGAUCGCAUCUAAAAUAAGUUUUUGUUUAUAUAAUAUAUAUAUGUGUGUACUGUGUAUAUUUAUUAUGUAUAUGUAAAGACACAUACAUUAUGUAUCACAAAAUAAAUUUGUGAAAAUACCCACAAACGAUUAUUUAACGCUAUUUUUGUGUUAAAUGAGAAAGUAUCAAGUAGACAUUACAAACUGUAGCUUUAGAAAGAAAUAUUUUAUUUAAUUCAACAUAAUUGAUUACACAUAAACAUUUAGGCUGCGUAAACGUAAACUAUGAAACAUAAAAGAAGAUCAUUUGAGAAACAUCCCAGUAUUUUUGUUCAUAUAAUGAAAGUCACUUGUAACCAAAACAUGUUUUGUUACCAACAGUCUUCAAAAUACUUUCUUUUAUGUUCCACAAAAGAAAGGUUUGAAACGACAUGAGGCAUUUGUGCCAUGCAAUUAGUGAAAAAACAUAACCGUGCCCUCUGCUAUCUGUUUGGCUUUGUACUGCUCUACAAUUUCUUAUCCUGGAGUAAAAACGUGCUACUCUUGAGCCAUAUUGAGACCGGCAGACCUAAAAGCCCAGUGGGCAACAUCACCAUCCUCCUGUGGCACUGGCCUUUCGGAGUUCGCUACAAACUGGAGAGAAAUGUCUGUAUGGAUGAAUAUGAAAUCCCUAGAUGCUUUCUGGAGGACAACCAAUCCCUUUUUGCUCAAGCAGAUGUUGUAGUCUUCCACCACAAUGAGCUUUGGACUGGUCAAUCGAAACUGCCCCUCCACCUUACGCGUCCACCAAUGCAAAAAUGGCUUUGGUUAUCGCUGGAACCUCCUAUGAACAACCACAAUCUUAGCGACUACAAUGGCUUGUUUAACUGGACGAUGAGUUACCGGCGUGACGCUGACAUCUUCAUGCCAUACGGAGAGCUUGUUUCUAAAAGGACUAAUGGCACAUACGUCAUUCCGAAGAAGAGCGACUGCCUAGUUUGCUGGGUGGUCAGCAAAUACAAAGCCAGUCAGAGUCGCUCUCUAGUUUUCCAGCAGCUGAAAGAACACAUUCCAUCAAAACUGAUAGAAGUAUACGGACUGUGGGCCAAGCGGGCGCUCUUAAACAAACAGCUGCUUUCCACAAUAUCUCGAUGUUACUUCUACCUUGCCUUUGAAAACUCUGUAUCCACAGACUAUAUCACGGAGAAGCUGUGGCGGAACUCCCUUCAGGCGGGGAGCGUGCCGGUGGUGCUCGGCCCACCUAGGAACAUUUAUGAACUAUCAAUUCCACCAGAGUCAUUCAUCCAUGUAAAUGACUUCAGCAGCAUUAAGGCACUGGCUACUUUCCUAAAUCAAGUGGCUGCUGAUAGAAAACGCUAUGAAUCUUAUUUUAGAUGGCACAAUUAUUAUGAUGUUAGAAUGUACACAGACUGGAGAGAGAGAUUCUGUAAUAUCUGCAUGCGUUAUGAUGAGCUCUCUAAGCAUAAAAAAGUAUACAAUGAUCUGUACAGCUGGGUCAACAGGUAACUAACUUUUUCAAGGAAGCUGUUUUAUUUAAAAGUGUGGAUUUUCAAAUAAUUUGUUCUUUGAAAGUACUGUCAAAUGUAUUUGAAACCCGUCCAGGGACUUGAAUAAGUAAAUCAAUUUGUUGGACAAACAAAAUGUAGAUUGCAACACUCUUCCACUGAUAUAUUUAUGUUCAUGAACUCGCCAUUAUUAACCUCAUCCUCAUCAGCUACAUUUAGUGACUGUUUUAGUUCGUUUCAAUUGAAAGCAGUUGGCAACACUGAUCAGUGUUUUUUUAUGGUUUAUGUGAAAUGUGAGGUCAUUAAAACCUUCCACACAUCACUUUUGGCCACUGGUGUGUUUGGUGGACCUGUUUGAAGACCCUGUCAUCACCGGUACAUUGCUGCAUUUUUCUAAUUUUCCAAUUUUCCAGUGAAAAAACAUAAUUACUACUUUUAUUUCUGCAGUUAGAGAAUUGAUUUCGCUAAAAUUUUACUCUGAGCUUUAUACAUACGGCCCCAGAUGCAUAUGACUGAAUAUAGCUAUGUGCACUAAACGUGUCAGAACGCCCUUCCGAUUCAAUAUUAACAGGCUGCUAUCAAGUUUAGAUCAAGUCCUCUUAAAGCUUCAUCAAUGCAGUUUUAAGGCCAGCAAUUCAUGCUUCCACAUCAUAUUUUCCCAAUUUUUAAAAAUGAAUUAAUUUGAUAAAACUUUAUAGAGAUAUUAAAAGCACUAACCCACUUUUCUGUGUCAAACUAUUUUCUAAGACUGCCACGCCUGAAAACCCCCAGAAUUCUGCCCACAGAUUUCUAAAAUGAGUCAGAGAAACAUGCCAGCUCACUUUUGUAUCUGUAGGAUGUUAAGUAUGUUCAUGCCAGACUAAAAAUCAGUUAAAAACAGUUAUGCUUUUUUUGUCCUGGUGGUUCUGCUUUGUGGCUCUUUCUUUAAAAUCUUUACUACUGCCCAUCCUUGAUUAAACACAAACCUGGAGGAUCUGCGGUUCUGUGAGUCCUUUUCUCUAUUUUUAUAUGGUAGUUUAUUUUAAGCAUUUAUAAUGGAACUUUUUUUUUGCGUAUCAUUUUGCA